UCCCACUGGUUCCUCGUUACCGUAAUUUAUCAGGGAGCAUCGACCAAUCAACGCACCUGGGUGAACAUGAGUUGAGCGUGUGCCAAACUUCCGAGGACGCGCGCAGUCAGAAUCAACAGACUGAUGAAUCGACGGAACCUGUAGCUCAGACUCAUAGCCCAAUUAAUUCACGGGGAGCUCCAGCGCUACAGAAUGCAUCAAUACGCCAGCCAAGACAAGAUUCCUGGUGGGGGUGUUGGGCUAGCGGCCCCCCAGGAUGGCCAAAGUUCUUGUCAGUUCUUCUCAGAUGGCCGGAGGAAGGUGGACUAUGUUCUGGUGUUCUACCAACGCAAACAGAUCUCUGUGAGGGGCAGCGACCGGCUGCACCGUCUCUCCGCCCCUCCACACCCUCCUCAUCGCCUCUCUGUCAUCUCCAAUGGUAGCUCCACCCUCUCCGGCCCUGUGGGGGGUUUGGGAUGUGCAGCCGGGCAGCGGAGUGCGGGGGACGGGGAGGUGUGUGUGGACCUGGCGGUGGAGGUGGAAUUAGAGGCGGACCCAGCUGAAGGAGAGAUGGUGCUGAUCAGGGAGGAGUUUGAGGCCAGGCUACUGGAGGCGGGGCUUGAGAUGGAGAGAGACACCGAGGUCAGGGUCUACGGGCCCAGCUUCACGAGACUCCAUGUCCCCUGGCAGGUCCUGAGCAGAGAGGCAGAGUUCCUCAAGAUCAAAAUCCCCACUAAGAAGAGCUAUGAUCUGAAGCAGGAGAAUGGGUUCAGUGCCAGCCUCAGUGAGUUCUGGAGGAAGGUGAACCAGCCGUUCCAACCCAACAUCCCCCAGCUAGGCCACAGCACCACCAAGCAGCUCUCACACUGCUUCUCCAGGGACAAACUACACUUAUUUAACAUCACCUCUAAAGACACGUUCUUUGACAACGCAACACGCAGUCGAAUAGUGUACGAGAUCCUGAGACGCACUGCCUGCACACGCACCAGCCAAUCCAUGGGCAUCACCACAUUAAUAGCUAAAGGUGUCUAUGAUUCAGCCUUCCCUCUCCAUGAUGGGGAUUAUAAGGUUGUGGGUCACUCAGAGAGGAAUGACAGACAGCUGCUGCAUGAUGAGUGGGCCAGAUAUGGAGCCUUCUACAAAUACCAACCUGUGGACCUCAUCAGGAAGUACUUUGGGGAGAAGAUUGGUCUGUACUUCGCCUGGCUGGGCGUCUACACUCAGCUGCUCAUACCAGCCUCUAUGGUUGGGAUUAUCGUCUUCUGCUACGGCUGUUACACUGUGGAUAUGGACGUACCCAGCCUGGAGAUGUGUGAUAAGCAGCAGAACUUCACUAUGUGUCCUCUGUGUGACGGAGUGUGUGACUACUGGCACCUGUCCACCGCCUGUGGCACCGCCCGCGCAUCCCACCUGUUCGACAACCCUGCCACCGUCUUCUUCGCUAUCUUCAUGUCCCUCUGGGUUGCGACGUUCCUGGAGCACUGGAAGCGUCGUCAGAUCAGUUUGAACCACAGCUGGGACCUCACAGGACUAGAGGAAGAGGAGGACCACCCGAGGCCCAAGUAUGAAACCGUCCUGCUCCAGAAGAGACAGAUGAUGAGGAACAAGGAGAAGAAGAACGAGAAAAAGAAGAAGAAGAAGAAGAUUGAGCCUGUGCAGCGGGAGGAGGACGUGGCGGCAGGGAAAGACAGGUGGAGACAGAAGUUACUGUCUGCUAUGAACACUGGGACAUCGACAGGUGUGGAGAAGCUGACCUGGAGGGACCGUCUACCUGGAUACCUCAUCAACAUCUCCUCCAUCCUCUUUAUGUUUGGGCUGACGUUCUCUGCAGUUUUCGGUGUGAUCGUGUAUCGUAUUGUCGUUUCCGCUCUAAUGGCGAUGUCACCUGACCCAGAGACCAAGUCUAACGUGCGUGUCACCGUCACGGCAACCGCUGUCAUCAUCAACCUGGUGGUCAUUCUGAUACUGGAUGAGAUCUACGGAGCUGUGGCCGUCUGGCUCACUGAGCUGGAGAUUCCAAGGACAGAGAGUAACUUUGAGCAGCAUCUGAUUCUGAAGGCUUUUCUACUGAAGUUCAUGAACGCCUACGCCCCCAUAUUCUAUGUAGCUUUCUUUAAGGGACGGUUUGCAGGCAGGCCGGGAGACUACGUCUAUGUUUUUAAUGACUACCGGAUGGAGGAGUGUGCCCCUGGAGGUUGUUUAAUAGAGUUAUGUAUUCAGCUCAGCAUCAUCAUGGUGGGGAAACAACUCAUUCAGAACAAUGUCUUUGAGAUUGGUAUCCCUAAGUUGAAGAAGUUGAUCCGAGCAUGGAAGGGUAAGGGGAUUUCAUUGGAGGAGAGAGAGGAGCAGCGUGCCAGACCUCCUCAACAGUGGAACCUCGACUACACCCUGGUCCCCUUUGAAGGACUGACCCCCGAGUACAUGGAGAUGAUUAUCCAGUUUGGUUUUGUUUCUCUGUUUGUCGCGUCGUUCCCUCUGGCUCCUCUCUUCGCUCUUCUCAACAACGUGAUCGAGAUCCGCCUCGAUGCCAAGAAGUUUGUCACCGAGCUGCGACGACCGGACGCUGUCCAAGCCAAAGACAUCGGAAUCUGGUACAACAUCCUGAGUGGAAUGGGAAAGUUCUCUGUCAUUAUAAAUGCGUUUGUGAUCUCGUUUACCUCAGACUUCAUUCCCAGGCUGGUGUACCAGUACAUGUACAGUCAGACAGGCACCAUGCACGGCUUCAUAGACCACACCCUCUCUCACUUCAACGUGUCCAACUUCAGACCCGGCAACGCCCCCACCUCCUCAUACCUCCCUGAGACCACCGUCUGCAGGUUAGUGCCACAUACACCCAGUCUUUCAUUGAAGCCUCUGUGCAGAGCGCUGUGGCUGGCCCAGAUGAUGUUUAACGAGUGGCUGGCCCAGAUGAUGUUUAACGAGUGGCUGGCCCAGAUGAUGUUUAACGAGUGGCUGGCCCAGUUGUCUUGA